AUGACGCAUUUUUUGUCUUGUUGGAAGCUGCUGUCAAACCGGAACAAGAAACGCAGACUGACAGGAAAGACUGGGAAGAGGCACACCGACAAGAAACGUUACAAAGACGACAAAAUUCAGACACAGUCAUUCUGGUCGCAUUUUCCCUUCUGUGAUGUCAAUCACUGAGGUCCUGGACCAGGUGGACAUGGACGGAGCAGAACUGCUUCGGUUGCAGUUUGAUGACGGCCUGGACGGGCCUUCCGAGGACCCGCUCUUUGCUUACGUCAGUAGCCUCAUUGACUCCUGGCCCCCCGACCGUGACGUGCUCAGCUUGUUGCAGGAAGGGGACAACAUGGAGACACUUAGUCCUUCACACUCCCCAAUGGGCAGCGACAGCGGCAUCUCCGACUACAGCAGCAACGCAGGCCGCGUCGAAAACGGCACCCCCUUGGGUUGCCCGAGCCCCGAGAGCGGCGACAUCGAUUUCUCGCACAGUCCCAACUACUCCAAUCCGAGCCCAGCAUGCUCCGACCCUGUCUUCGUCGCUGAUGAGCUGCAAGCAGAGAGCCCGGAGGCUUUGAGAGUUCAGGCGGAUCACAGCUACUCUUUGACCAGAGGCAGAAGCGAGGACAUGGAUCUGCUGCAAAGUGUUUGGGCAGAGAAGCCUGAUACAGAUAUCUUCAUUGAUCUGGAUAAUCUGGUUACUGAGGAAAUGGCGAAUGACUUUGUCAGUGAUUAUGCCAGUGAGUUGCCUUGUACACUGGCCAUUGAGGACUCAACGCUGGAGGCAGUGCAGCACGACAACACAGAACAGUUCGACUUUAAGGAGAUUGUGCUCUCUGAGGAGGAGAAGCGGCUUUUAGCCAAAGAGGGCGCAACAAUUCCCACAAAUAUGCCUCUUACAAAGGCUGAAGAGAGGACCCUGAAGCGAAUAAGGAGGAAGAUUCGUAACAAGCAGUCCGCUCAGGAGAGUCGCAAAAAGAAGAAGGUUUACGUUGACGGCUUGGAGAACAGGGUCGCCGUCUGCACCGCACACAAUGUGGAGCUGCAGAAGAAAGUACAAUUGCUGCAGAAGCAGAACAUCUCUUUAAUUGAGCAGCUGAGGAAACUGCAGGCAGUGGUGAAGAUGUCUACCUUGAAGUCCAGCACGACAAGCACAUGUGUCAUGGUGUUCCUGCUGUCUUUUUGUCUCAUCAUCUUCCCGUCUGUCAAUCCAUUUGGCAGCAAAACGGACAAGAAGGAACUCUACCUCCCUUCUUCCAUCAUUUCCCGAACUUUGCGCUCGCUGCCGUCAGAGAGCACCGACGCAGUUCCCUACCUGGAACCCGAAGACGAUGAGCCAGAUCUUCACCUGCUUCCCCAAGCUGAACUGGAGAACAUCGAUGCAGUUUUUGCAGCCAGUAAUAAGAAUCAUACCCCCGACUACCAGCGCGUGGAGCAGCCCGACUCAGAGACAGCCAUCAAUGGCAACUCUUCGACCGAUUUCCCCGCUGCACCGCAGGUGGGAGAGGUGACACCGGGGGGCUCACAAGAAGCCUCCCAAGAUCCUGUAGCGGUGGACGCUGUGUCGUAUGAGGUCCCAGGGUCCAAGGCAACGUGGAUAGACCGGAAUCCUCCGUCUGUUAUAUUACAGCAGCACCGUUCAGAUGAGAUGUAGCGUGGUUGUGUAUAUGACCACCAGAUGGAGCUAUAAUAUACUGUUUGUACUUGAGGGAAAACUACAUUGGGACACAAACAUGGAAAUGGCAAAACCGCCGCUCCCUCCCAAACAAAGUUUUUAUAGUCAAUAGUAGUACAAUUUGUAGUUUGGUUCACAAAUAUUUUUUGGACAAGAAAAUGUAAGUUAUUUCCAAAAAGAUACGCCACACCAAAUUGCAGUAGUUUCCUAAAUAUAUUUCCCGAUACAGUAAUAUAUAUAAUAUUUUAACUGCUUCUAAGUCAACCAAUGUUGUUGAAUUUAUCACAAUUCAACUUUAGGGGUGCUACUCCACUUAUAUAAAAGGGAAGUUCAGCCUUCUUAUAAACUACUGUUACUAGAUUUGCACUUAUCCAAUCAUGUUAUAAAAAUUGAAAUGGCCAUUCUCAGUCUUGAACAAAUUUAAGUACAUGCAUGUAUUUUAUAGGCCCAAUCUCCAUACAAAGCAAAAAUAACGACGGUGUUAAAUAGGUCAAAGAUACACCCAAACUUAAAAUGCUUAACUACCUUUCAUCAUUCAUUGCUUGAUAGAAGAUUAGGCUGCUUAAUUAAAGUGAUUUGUCUCAUUUGCACCACAAAGCCAUUGCAGGGCAUUUGGCCAUGUACAAUAGAUGACUUGUUAAGUGUUUCCCUUGUAGCAAGGGGUUUUUUUUUUUUUUGAGUGUCAUGUGAUGUCCCCCCCAUACGAUACCUGUUAAGAUGCAGAGCCAUCCUUUUUAUAUACACGUCCUAAUUGCAUUCUUGAUUAUGUACAAAGAAAAAUGUUGCCAAUUAAAAAUGUUUUGCAGUUCUCUAACAAUACCCAAAAUGUCUGUCAAGCAUUUUUAGUAUAUUUCUAUGUUACUGUAAAUAGUAAUGGCAUGUAUACUGUAUUAUGAGCUGAUGAGAUUUUAUUUGUGAAUAGGGGAAAGGCACUGAUUUCAGAAAAAUGGAAUGUAAAUAUGAAAAUGAUUGUAACUUUUCUGUACAUUGAAUCUUUAUGUUACGGUAAUAAAGUUUUUAUGUACCUUGACAGUC